GGCGCUUGCCCUCGGGACUGGAAGCAUGGAGCUGCCCGAGCUCGUCUGCGUCUUCUUGCUCGCCGCCUGCUGCCACUGUCGCCGCGCCGUGGGUGUGCCAGGAGAGGCAGAGCAGCCUGCACCAGAGGUGUUGGAGGUGGAAGUGGGCAGCACCGCCCUCCUCAAGUGUGGCCCUGCCCGCUCCCAGGACAGCCUCAGCCUGGACUGGUUUUCUGUCCACAAGGAGAAGCCAACACUUAUCUACCGUGUGCGCCAGGGCCAGGGCCAGAGUGAACCUGGGGAGUAUCAGCACCGGCUCAGCCUCCAGGACAAGGGGGCUACCCUGGCCCUGGCACACGUCACCUCUCAUGAUGAGCGCAUCUUCCUGUGCCAGGGCAAGCGCCCACGGUCCCAGGAGCACCGCAUCCAGCUCCAGGUCUACAAAGCUCCGGAGGAGCCAAGCAUCCAGGUCAAUACCUUGGGCAUCUCCGUGAACAGUGAGGAGCCUGAGGAGGUCGCUACCUGUGUGGGGAGGAAUGGGUACCCAGUUCCUCAAGUCACCUGGUACAAGAACCGUCUGCCCCUGAAGGAGGAGAAGAACCGCGUCCACAUCCAGUCAUCCCAGAUCGUGGAGUCAAGUGGUCUGUACACCUUGCAGAGCAUUCUGAAGGCGCGGCUGGUUAAGGAAGACAAAGAUGCCCAAUUUUACUGUGAGCUCAGCUACCGGCUGCCCAGCGGGAAUCACAUGAAGGAAUCUAGGGAGGUCACUGUCCCUGUUUUCUACCCAGCAGAAAAACUGUGGGUGGAAGUGGUGCCCACGGGAAUGCUGAAGGAAGGGGAUCACGUGGAAAUCAGGUGUUUGGCUGAUGGCAACCCCCCACCCCACUUCAUCAUCAGCAAGCAGAACCCCAGCACCAUGGAGAUGGAGGAAAAAGCAACAGACCACGAUGGGCUCCUGGUCUUGGAGCCUGCCCGGAAGGAGCAUAGUGGGCUGUACGAAUGUCAGGGCCUGGACUUGGACACCACGGUAUCGCUGAUGGACCAACAGGAGCUGCUGGUGAACUACGUGUCAGAUGUCCGGGUGAGUCCCACCACCCCCGAGAGCCAUGAGGGCAGCAGCCUCACCUUGACCUGUGAAGCAGAGAGUAACCAAGCCCUUGAGUUUCUCUGGCUGAGAGAAAAGACAGGCAAGGUGUUGGAAAAGGGGCCCGUGCUACUAUUACACAACUUGAAACGGGAGGCAGCGGGAGGCUACCUCUGCAUGGCGUCUGUGCCCAGUGUACCUGGCUUGAACAGCACACAGCUGGUCAAUGUGGCCAUUUAUGGGUCCCCGUGGAUGGCAUCCAAGGAGAGGAAGCUGUGGGUGAAAGAGAAUGAGGUGAUGCGUUUGUCUUGCGAGGCAUCAGGUCAUCCUAGGCCCACCAUCUCCUGGAGUGUCAACGGCACGGCGCAUGAGCAAGACAAAGAUCCGCAGAGCGUCCUGAGCACCCUGAAUGUCCUCGUGACCCCAGACCUGUUGGAGACAGGUGCUGAGUGUGUGGCCUCCAACCCCCUGGGAAGAAACAGCACAGUCAUUCGCCUGGAGCUGGUCAACUUAACUACCCUCCCACCUGACUCCACCGCCACCACUGGCCUCAGCACCUCCACUGCCAGUCCCCAUGCCAGAGCCAACAGCACCUCCGCAGAGAAAAAGCUGCCAGAGCCUGAAAGCAAGGGUGUGGUCAUCGUGGCUGUGAUCGUGUGCAUUCUGGUGCUGGCUGUGCUUGGCGCCGUCCUCUAUUUCUUCUAUAAGAAGGGCAAGCUGCCUUGCGGACGGUCAGGCAAACAAGAGAUCACGCUGCCCCCGCUGCGUAAGAGUGAAAUUGUAGUUGAAGUUAAGUCAGAUAAGCUCCCUGAAGAGAUGGGCCUCCUACAGGGCAGCAACGGUGACAAGAGGGCUCCCGGAGACCAGGGAGAGAAAUACAUCGAUCUGAGGCAUUAGCCCACUUAAUCGCACUGAGCUCCCCACCCUGCUCACCCCGCUCCCCGCACUCAGGAUGGUAGCCAACACCUCUCAAUUGGACUACAGAGAAGACCCUUGCUCCUGUUCACCUGCAGACCCAAUCUCAGAGGUCAAAUGAGUUAGGAUCACAGCCAUCCUGAGGAGCUCACUGGACCCUGAGGGCACCCUUCUGGGAUCAGUCCACCACAGUCUCAAUUUGUUGAGUGAAGCUCAUCCCAACGAGGGGGCCUCAGGACCCAGAAGUGGGCAGGAGUUUCGCACAGAGUAUGUUUUCUCGUUACACGUUACAGAUGUAAAUAGGUCUUCUACCAGCAGCUGAAUCGGGUAGCUUAUCUAGCUGAGCUGGUUUCCUGCCCCAAAGGCUGGCUUCAGUAAUUCCUUUGAAUCACUGAAGAGGCUGUACUUGUCCCUGAGACCUAGAGCCCAGGCCCCUAUUCACUGCUGAGCUGUGUUGCUGACAUGGCUCAGAAGAGUACCCCAGCGUUAUCUAGAAGCAGCUGAGAUGUUGCUGCUGCCACCUUCCUGCCUGCUUCCAUGGGGUCCCUUUUAUGAUCCUCCUUUCCCUGGGCCAAAGCCACAAACCAGUGUCAUUCCUUAAAAGACAUGCUGGGCACAUCCCAUUGUCCCAGCAGUGGUGGUGUUUUCUAGAGUGAAAGUGAUUGAGCCUAAGGCCCCUGCAUUCCUCUGGCUCCCACUGCCCUCUCAAGGGAUUACGUGCAUCUCUGCAAGGUGGGGAGUGGGGCAAAGCUGUGGUCCUGACUGCUUUAUGAAGAGUACAGCUAUGGCUCUGUUCACACCACAUUUCUACAAACAGAACUAAUGGGCGCAGACACUAGGAGGGCCCAAAUGGGAGAAUGGUACUUAGGGAUGAGUAAUGGGCCUGACCAGAGCCUUGGGGUGGGUGGGUGUGUGUGUGUGUAUGUAUGUAUGUAUGUAUGUAUAUAUGGGUUUGUUAGGUGUAAAUUUGCAAAUUGU